CAACAGUGACCUCAGUCACAGAAAAAGGGGAAGGAAACGAGCAAAACUCGAAAGACCUGUUGCUCUGCUCAUCCGUACACAGGAGAAGUUAGCAGCUUUUAUGAGUUUCACAGGAGUGUUUUCCGUCUAAUUGACCUAUGUCUCUAAAAUCUUAUCAUUUGCUUAUCGCGUCUUGCCUUUCUCGCUGUUCCUUGGCUCUCAAAACGGAUCACAGGUUUGUGUGUUUUGCGCACUUCUACUUGUUGAAUACCAGCACCCUGCCCUCUGUGAGGAGUGUUCAAGGUUCAGGAAGAUAACGAGAGACCAGCGUUACCAUGGGUAAGACGACACAACACCGUCUGCUGCUUUUGCUGUGUCUGUCGGGGCUCGCUCACUAUUCAGCUGCCAUGGUGUUUUGGACAGCUGUGGUGGAAAUAAGCUACGAUAACAGCAACAACGUGACUGUGGACAAAUACUGUGACUGUGGGGUGUAUGGUCGCAACUCUCUCCUGGAGAAAGCCUCAGGCAUUGUUAUGCUUCCCAGGGGGGACCCUAAAGGCUGUGGCUCAGAUCCUGUCUACAAUCGCAAUUCCAGCUACCCUCCUUGGAUAGCCCUGGUUAAAAGGGGCAACUGCACCUUCAGUGAGAAGAUCAAUGCCGCCAAACGCCAGGGAGCAGCCGGCGUGGUUGUGUAUAAUGCUGACGGCAGUGGCAACAGCACCACUCACAUGGCACACUCGGAGGCAUUUGAUAUUGUGGCGAUCAUGAUUGGCAACUCUCAGGGCUUACAGAUUGUGCAGUUGGUGGGCAACGGGACAGAUGUGCAGAUGCUUAUUGAUUUAGGCAGCCCUCACGGACCCUUGAUGGACACAUACUGGAUUUACUUCCUGUCCAUCGCCUUCUUCAUUGUGACGGCCGCCUCCAUCACCUACUUUGUGUUUAUUUCUGCAAACCGUCUCUUCAGUCUGAACGCGCACAGGCGCUCUGAGAGGAAGCUGAAGUCGGAGGCCAAGAAAGCGAUUGGACGUCUGCAAGUACGCAAACUCAAGACCGGGGAUGAGGAAACGACCUCUGACUCCCACAUGUGUGCCGUGUGUAUCGAGUCCUACAAGGCAGGGGAAGUGGUGACGGUGCUCACAUGCGACCACAUCUUCCACAAAGUUUGCAUCGAACCCUGGCUGCUGGAGAGGAGGACCUGCCCCAUGUGUAAGUGCGACAUCCUGAAGGCCCUGGGGGUUGAUGAGGAAACAAAAGAGAGCCUUUCCGCUGAGUCACCACCAGAUGUCACUGUGAUCACAGCGAUAGGAGGACAGCCCAUGUACGAAGUCCCACUGACUGACCCAGCGGGAUCUGACCCGGAGAGACAACAGCGUCACUAUGACAACGGGGCCUUCGAGGUAGACUCGUCGGCCGGGAGAAGAUAAACAACAGCAACAAGAAACCAUGCGCCAACCAACCAGGACACGGGCUAAUCCUCUGUUUUUAAAUAGAUCUUCUUCUGGGAUACGCUGAACCAGCACAAUGGAAUCAAACAAUCAUGUUCCAAUAGGAGAUGCAAGUUAAAAUAUAUUUUUCUUAUAACAUUCCAAGGAUUUUAAAUGUCAUUGGACCUUGUGUAAUUAGCUAGGAUGGCACUACCGUCUUGGUGCAAGUGUGUACAUAUGGGGUGUGUUCAUAAAAUUACCUUUUUUAGAUGGUUGGAAUAGAUUUUGAAAAACGGAUUAGUCGUGAGUUGAUGCCAGUGUCACAUUUCUGCUUUGCAUAGUUGACACACUAGAUCAACACUGGUUAGGCAGCAAGUGCAGUAGAGCAUUUAAAUUCUGUUUGAGAUCCGGGCUCGAUGGCUCCUAUUGCUCCCUCUCCCUCACCAUUGUUUUCAAUUCAGAGCAGAAUUGGUUUCUCUUAAUUCGAUAGAUUUGAAUAAUUUGACUUUUUAUCCUGCUCUUUUUAAAAUUGGAGUGUUAUUUUGUAUUUUUAAUGUUAGCGUGUCAGGCUGGAUUUACAAACACACCCUUAUGAACACACCCUGACCAGGAAAUGCAGCGUGACACACUUUGCCUGAUGAUGGGUAUAUAACAUCACCUAAGGGGCUCUCUUGGGAAACGUGGUCUGUAGAAACAUGUUUUCCACGAAUGCAAUAAAAAUGUUCAAGUCCUCAAUAAUUGGUUGGCCUCUCGAUACUUUGGGAAUGUGGCAAUGCAAUAAAUGUUAUAAGAACUGUGGAUGAUAUGCCUCCCAAAAAUCUCUUGACUGUUGGACGGGGGAAAAUUUAUUUUAUGUGUAAGGGAUUUUGAAAUGACUUAUAUUGAGAUUUAUUCAUCAAUCAUGUCAAGUUCUAUCUGUAGAUGAAAUGCAUAAUUAAUGUAAGCCAUUUCCCUUUCUCUGAACAGCUGAUCAUGUGCAAGCACAAACGGUUGUUCUUGAAUUGGUCUUCCAGGACUUUCCUUUUGAAUUAUUUGGUCUGGUGUUUAUUCAAUUCCUGUGGUCUACCUCUGAACUCUCACAUGGCUAAAUUAUGGAACGUGUUUAAAAUACCCAGAUUGUCCCUCAGUCAAGGAUAAACCUAAAGAAUUAUUUAAUGUCUUUGUUUGCUGGUGGUAAUACGUUGAUUAUCACAACUAAUAUAUUGUUCUAUAUUGGAUCAUUUUCACUACUGUUUUACAGAUUCCAGAAGUCUUAAAUUGUUCUGUAAAAAAUAAUAUUACUUGCUGUAUUAAAUCACAUUGAUGCUUGUUAGAGUGCAAUAAAUCCCUCAAAAUGAGGCCUAAUUAACGAG